AUGCAGCAACCUACUGUUCUUGUGUUUAAGCCUUCAUUUAAGAAGGAAACUGACCGGAAGGCCCAAUUGGCCACCAUUCAGGCAUCCAAAGCCCUCUCUGAGAUUGUGAGGACUACUCUAGGUCCUAGGUCUAUGUUAAAGAUGCUACUGGACCCCAUGGGUGGAAUUGUUAUUACGAACGACGGGAAUUCCAUUCUCAGAGAGAUUGAUGUUGCAAACCCUGCCGCCAAGUCACUGAUUGAACUCAGCAGGUCUUUGGACGAGGAAGUUGGUGACGGAACCACCAGCUGCGUUGUGCUUUGCGGCCAGGUCCUUUCCAACUGCACGAACCUGCUGAAGAAGGAAAUACACCCUACUGAGAUCGUCAAGGGCCUGAUGGACGCCCUCGAGGACUCGAUCAAGGCUCUGGAACAAAUUGCAAUUGAAGUUGAUCUCUCUGACCACGACAAGUUGUUGCAAGUCGUUGAGUCGUGUCUCGGAACGAAACUGAGCAGUCGUUGGGGGAACUUGACAUCGAAGCUGGCUCUCGAAUCGGUCUUAAAACUUUACUACAACUCACAAAAAUAUUCCACUUCUGCCACUAACGCUGCUGACGGCACCAAUGGCGCAGCUCCCGCUUCCAGUGGCUAUCUUGACGUUAAGCGCCUAAUUAAGAUUGAGAAGGUGCCCGGCGGCCUUCUUGAGGACUCUAAGGUCCUCGACGGCGUCCUCAUAAACAAGGACGUGACGCACGCCGGCAUGAGCAGGCGAGUUGCAAAUCCCAGGGUCCUUAUCCUCGACUGCACCCUCGAGUACAAGAAGGGCGAGAGUCAGACCAUGGUUGACAUUACUAGCGAGGAGGCCUGGAAUGAGCUUCUUUUGCAGGAGGAGUCUGAAAUCAGACAGAUGUGCCAGCAUGUCAUUGACUCCGGGUGCAACGUGGUCGUAACAGAAAAGGGCGUGAGUGACUUGGCACAGCACUACCUCGUCAAGGCUGGUAUCAGCUGCAUCCGCAGAGUACGCAAAAGUGACGCCAACAGAAUUGCAAAAUGCACGGGAGCCACCAUUGUUAACCGUCCCGAGGAGAUCACGAAGCAGGACGUGGGCCACUCGUGCGGCCUCUUCUACGUCGACAAGAUCGGAGACGAGUACUACUCCUACUUUGUCGACUGCGAGAAAACCAAAUCCUGUUCCAUAGUGCUGCGAGGAGGCUCCAAGGACGUAUUAAAUGAAGUUGAGAGGAACAUGUAUGACGCUUUGAACGUCUGCCGUAACAUUUUAUCAAACUGUAAAUUAUUACCAGGUGGUGGAGCAACUGAGAUUUACGUUUCAAACUACCUAAACAAGCAGAUUCAACUUAAAAGUGGAUUGAAGCGUUUAAGUUACGAAAGUGCCUGCAAGGCCUUCGAGAUAAUACCGAAGACUUUGGCACAAAACUGUGGAGCCAACCCAGUGGCAAUAUGCAUCCAUGUACUAAUAACACUUUCAGUUCGCGUCAUAAGUGAUCUUUUGAGUUUACACGCUGCCGGCUCCCAUUCCAUGGGCAUUGACGGAGAAACUGGCGAAAUCGUUGACGUGGUCAAGAAGAACCUUUUUGACACCUUUGCAGUCAAGGAGCAAGUUUACAAAUCAGCAAUUGAAUCAGUGCGUGUUCACCUAGCUAUUUAA